UAAAACCGGUUGAUUUAGCUUCGCCUCGACAAACCGAUAGUUGAUCGAGCAGAAGACUGAAGCUGUUGAAAUGAGACUCAAUGCCAGCAUCCCCGAUUUCAAAGCGAAUACCACCCAAGGACCGAUCUCCUUCUACGAAUGGAUGGGCGAUUCUUGGUGUAUGCUGUUCUCCCAUCCAGCAGACUUCACGCCGGUUUGCACGACAGAACUUGGCAGGAUCGCGGUCCACCAGAACGAGUUCAAAAAGAGGAACGUUCGAAUCAUAGCUCUUUCGUGCGACAAGUUGGACGAUCACUGCAGCUGGGUCAAUGAUAUAAAGUCGUACUGCCGUGAUAUUCCCGGAGAUUUCCCUUAUCCCAUCAUCUCGGACGAAACCAGGGAACUGGCCAUCAAACUGGACAUGCUGGACGAAAAAGACAGGUACAACGAAGACACAGCGAUGACAGUGCGAGCCUUGUACAUUAUCGAUCCCGAUAAGAAACUUCGGCUCUCCAUGGUUUAUCCGACAUCGACAGGCAGAAAUGUGGAUGAAAUCCUUCGUGUUAUCGACUCACUUCAAUUGACGGACAGAAUGAAAGUUAUUGCCACGCCUGCAAAUUGGGUUCCUGGUGAGAAAGUGAUGAUCCUCCCAUCGGUGAAAGACGAAAAUCUCCCGGCUCUUUUUCCAAAUGGUGUCGACAAGGUCUCAAUGCCUUCGGGGCAGAACUAUGUUAGGACUACAACUGAUUAUAAAAUGUAAACUUACAAUGAAAUAAAAUAAGAGAAAGACCAAUUCGAAAACUUUA